UUGAGCGGCUUGCCUAUUGCUUGAAUAUGAGAACGCGUCUGCCAUACUGGAUGUGUCAUCAGAAUUAACUUUUGAGACGUCGUAAGCCAUUUUCCUCGCUCGGGUGCUCAAAUCAUUCUUAUUACUAUCAGCAUUGCUCAAAAUCUUCUUUAAAAGUGAAAAACUGGCGACAAAUGCAAUAAAAUCCUAUGCGUAAUUUGGUUCAAUUUAGUGCAGAAACGCGCGUCGAGCGCUUCAACAUCUGAUCACGCAGCUUUUUUUUUUUUUUUGAAACUUUGCAGUCACAAACCCAUCCGUCUUCAUUCCUUCCUCCUUCUGUCACUCGGACAAAAGGCAACCGACGUCGGCACCAGGAGGCAGCUGCUCUCCGUACAUGUAGGAUGUUACUGAAACAACAGCAAACUAAUUUUUAAGAAUUAUUAUUAUUAUUUUUUUUUUACAAAGUAAAGCUCAACCAUGAGGGACCGACUGAGCUACAUGCAGGAAUUGUCCAGCGGCCACGUGGAGCCGAUGGAGUACGCCGAGUCGGCCUUGUCGGACUCCCUCAGUAACGUGGACCUGGAGGACGAGCUCCCCCACGAGGCGGUGGUGUUCGACAACAGCCCCGCCAUGACCAAGAUCUUUGAACAGGCUCAGGACAUUCACAAAGAUGUCCAGCUCAUUCGUCUGGAGGUGAAAAGGCUCCGGGAACAGAACUCUCGGAUGCUGCAGGGCGUCACCACCAUGAGCACCAUCAAAAGGGACUCAAACGCCAUCGGCGCCGAUAUUAAGACACGGGCUGAACGUGUGCUGUCGCACCUACGGGACAUGGAUAACACGGCCCGGAAGCUAGAAGAAGCGCACGGCCCCAAUUCGGCCAUCACGCGCAUCGCCCGAACGCAGUACGCCUGCCUGAGCAACGGCUUCCGUGACGCCAUGUUUGACUACAACGAGGCCGAGAUGAGCCACCGAGACAACUGCAAAGCUCAGAUCCAGAGGCAGAUGGAGAUUGUGGGGCGCGAGGUGACCGGCGACGAGGUGGAGGACAUGAUCGAGAAGGGGCACUGGAACAUCUUCACCGACAACAUCAUGGCGGAGGGCAAGACGGCUCGCGCGGCUCUGUCCCAGAUCGAAAAGCGCCACCAGGAGCUGGUGGACCUGGAGAACCGCAUCAAGGGAGUCCAUGAGAUCUUCCUGGAUGUGGCGCUGCUGGUGGAGGAGCAGGGCCCCAUGCUCGACUCCAUCCAGACCAACGUUCAGAAAACGGACGAGGUCUUGCAGGACGCGCUCUUCAAACUCGGCAAGGCCAAGCGUCACGACAGGAACAAUCCCUUUAAAAAGAUGUUUUGUAGUUGCUUCCCGUGCUUUGACUAAAGCGAGUAAACCUCAUUCAUCGUGGGAGAUAUGUUCCAGAACCGCCUGCAGUCGGUGGAAAUCAGCUAUGCGGAGAUAAGACAGUCCGGUGGGGUUCAUGUCGGGAUGUCUGCGCGAGAACUGCGGUCGACAGAACCUUUUUCCCGUGUUCUCCGCAUCUCCCCAGCAAAAUAAUAAAAAAUAAUCGCAGUUCAAUGUGACUAACCAGACUAAUCCACGUUUUCCGUAUAUAUAUAUAUAUAUAUUUUUUUUAUUGCUGCAUGUCAAACAAGUCACCAGUAGGUGUCGUACGUUCUCAGAAAAGCAACAGGAGACACUCUUGAGGCUGUGAAGUUGGGCAAUUUGUUGAAAGGGGCGUGUUCAAAAACAACGGGCGCGGCAGUGAGGUCAUCAGUUUUGAGAAAAACACGUGUGAAUCAGCUGGGGCCGAACUAAGGAUGAAGCCAGCACCUGUUGAACGUCCAUUUCUCCUUGUAAGCCUGAGGAAAAUGGCGGAAUAUUUUGUGGAACGGCGAGAGUAAAAGGUCAUGCCGAGGUCACGCCCUUGAAACGGGUGUUUCAACAAGACAAUGACCCCAAACGCACUAGUCUUGGUUCCAAACCAACAAACGUUCAUGUCAUGGAGUGGCCAGCCCAGUCCCCAGACCUUAAUCUAAUCGAGAACUUGCGGGGUGACGGUGUUUCUAAAUCAAAAUUAAAAAAUGUAUAUUAAUUGUGGAAUGCCGCAGUUCUAAAAUAAAAACUGUGGUCAUACAACUAAAUAUGAGUUUGGUGACUCAAAGGAUUGGUAAAUCCUAGAAACAAAAAAAGUUUGUCCAAAAUAGUUUUGAGUUUCUAAAGUCAACUUCACCCUUUUCAACAAAUAACUCAUUUUGACAUCCAUCCAUCCAUUUUCUCAGCCACUUAUCCUCACAAGGGCCGCGGGGAGUGCAGGAGCCUGUCCCAGCUAUCAACGAGUAGGAGGGGGGUACACCCUGAACUGGUCGCCAGCCAAUCGCAGGGCAGAUGGAGACGAACAGCCACACAAUACAAUCAUACCUACGGGCAAUUCAGAGUGUCCAGUUAAUAUUGCAUGUUUUGGGGAUGUGGGAGGAAACCCACGCAGGCACGGGGAGAACAUGCAUUGAACCCGGGACCUCAGAACUGUGAGACCAGCUGAUCCACCGUGCCGCCUCGUUUCGACAUGUAGCAAUACAAAAAUAUUGCACAAAAUGUCGAUGAAGCUAAUCAGUCACAUUGGACUGCUCUUAUUUUGAACGCCCCAGUACGAUUUGUCUUUGGUGGUACCGAAAUCUGACUUGUGAGACGCGGUGCGGGGCAUUUGGACGUCUUCCGGAAAACACAAAGAAAAAGUCCGAGAAGAAAUAGCUUGCUGGGGAGCUAAAUUGCGGUUUGCAAACUCUUCCCCUUGACAUUUUUAUUGCGCUUGAAUGACACAUUAUACAAACACUCGACACAAACAGUCAAAUAAACUUCCUCAUUGGCGAUCGUUCACCAAGUUCAGCCCACGUCUACGGUGAUCGGUACUGAACAGGUUUAAUAUCAACGACGGUCGACCUCAAAACGGGGAAGAGGGGGGGGGGGGGGAAAUCACUCAAGGAUAAUCGUUUAAAAUAUGACAUCACGUCACGUCACGUGUGACAAUCUGGCCUCUCCCGACGUUCAUCACAGGUGAGGAAAACUGUAAUUACGUGCGUUCUUCGUCAUACGCGAACUUCUUUUGUGUCUCCAGGAAAUGAAACUUGAGGAUAAUAAGAAAAAAAAAAAGAUUGAGAUUGUGUUAAGAUGUUUUGAUCAAAGAUUUGCGACAGGUCUCUCAAACCAGGAAACGAGACGGCAAAUAAUUUUGCACAUAACGAUUGACGAUGAGCACAACUUGAUGAAAAACAUAUUUACCUGGGCUCGCCACGCACACAAAAUACUACUAAUAAUACAUCACUGCCCGAUGAAAAUUAUGAACAGUGUAUCGAGAUUAGCUUUUGUUGUGUUUUGUAUAAAAACACAAAAUUUAAAAUGCCGGAUUAAAAAAAAAUUGUCCUCCUCAGAACUAUCGUACAGUAUGCUAGAUGUCUGACCCUCGUUAUGUAAAUGUACUGUAAAAAAUGAAUUGUCUGUAGGUCGUGGAAGUUCAAAGAUAACUGUUUCUGACGUCCACUAGAAUGUAUUUUGUGCCUGAGAUUUAUUAAAUUAUUGCUGCCUGACAACCAAAACCCUGUCACCCUAAAUUGCACAAUACAAUAAAACAAUUUCAAAAAAUGUACAGUUGAUUCCUCGUAUUCGUCUGUCACGCUCAAUGGUGAGCUUCAAGGGAAAUGGAAUGUGCAUCGUCG